AUGGGAGACAUGGGGGAUCCGCCGAAAAAGAAGCGGCUGGUGUCUCUAUGCGUGGGCUGCGGGAACCAGAUCCACGACCAGUACAUCCUGCGGGUCUCCCCGGACCUGGAAUGGCACGCCGCUUGUCUGAAAUGUGCCGAGUGCAGCCAGUACCUGGACGAGUCCUGCACGUGCUUCGUCAGGGACGGAAAGACUUAUUGCAAACGGGACUACAUCAGGUUAUACGGGAUUAAAUGCGCUAAAUGCAACAUCGGUUUCAGUAAGAACGACUUCGUGAUGAGGGCCCGCUCUAAGGUUUACCAUAUCGAGUGUUUCCGCUGCGUAGCCUGCAGCCGGCAGCUCAUCCCUGGGGACGAGUUCGCUCUCCGGGAAGAUGGGCUCUUCUGCCGGGCCGAUCAUGACGUGGUGGAGCGGGCCAGUCUGGGCCCCGGAGACCCGCUCAGUCCGCUGCAUCCCGCCAGACCACUGCAGAUGGCAGCAGAGCCUAUCUCGGCCCGGCAGCAAGCGCUUCGGCCUCACGUCCACAAACAGCCAGAGAAGACCACCCGUGUGCGAACUGUACUGAACGAGAAGCAGCUGCACACACUGCGAACUUGCUACAACGCCAAUCCGAGGCCCGACGCCCUGAUGAAGGAGCAGCUAGUGGAGAUGACCGGCCUCAGCCCGCGAGUGAUCCGUGUCUGGUUCCAGAACAAGCGGUGCAAAGACAAGAAGAGGAGCAUACUGAUGAAGCAGUUGCAGCAGCAGCAGCCCAAUGACAAGACGAACAUACAGGGAAUGACAGGAACCCCGAUGGUCGCGGCCAGUCCGGAGAGGCACGACGGCGGCAUCCAGGCAAACCCAGUGGAGGUGCAGAGCUACCAGCCGCCCUGGAAGGUCCUCAGUGACUUUGCGCUGCAGAGCGACAUCGACCAGCCGGCCUUCCAGCAACUGGUCAGUUUUUCGGAAGGGGGGCCGGGUUCAAACUCGACGGGUAGCGAGGUAGCGUCCAUGUCGUCUCAGCUUCCAGACACACCGAACAGCAUGGUAUCCAGCCCUAUUGAGGCCUGA